AUGUCUGUGGGCUCUGCAUUUUUGUUGAUUUGGAUUAUAAUUCAUUUCCCAUAUUCAAGAGCAUGUUUGCAGGAUGAGAGAAGUUACUUGCUGGAUUUCAAGGCUGCUUUUAAUCUUUCCUCAUCCUCAACUCGCUUAUCUUCUUGGCGGGGAUUCAACUGUUGCGAAUGGGAGGGUGUUGGCUGUGAUUAUUAUACAUCCCAUGUCAUCCGCCUUGAUUUAAGUACCCACCUUGCUUAUCCUCUUGGCCAUGAUUGGCAGAGCCAGCAGCUGACUGGGGAGCUUCGUCCAUCGUUGUUUAAUCUGCAGCAUCUACAACACUUGGAUCUCAGUGGGAAUAACUUUCAAGGUAUUUCUAUUCCUCCCCAAUUGUCAAAACUGCAGAGACUUACAUUUCUUAGCUUGUCAAAUGCUGGAUUUGAAGGCGAAGUCCCUCUGGAGUUGGGAAAUAUGUCAAGCUUGCGUCAUUUGGAUAUUUCAGAGAAUGUUUACCUGACCAGUAGCAAGUUUGAUGUAUGGAUCAGAAAUCUAAGAAGCCUGGAAUUCUUGGUAAUGGUUUUUGUGGACCUGAGAAUGGCAUCUCAGCACUGGGGUGAGGCCCUAAACGGUCUUACCAAUCUUACCCAGAUUCACCUUUAUUACUGUCAUAUCUCAGGUAAGAUUCCAGAUCUCUCAAACCUCACUCGUUUAUCACAUCUAGAUAUAAGCUAUAAUUUGUUCCCGUUUGAACUACCCUCUUGGUUUGCGAACGUGUCCUCAUUGGUUUCACUUGAUCUCCAUUACUGUGGUUUAAAUGGUUCCAUCCCUUCCACUUUCUUGGCGCGUUCAAGAAUGAGCAAUCUUAUGCUUGACUCCAAUCGUGACUUGAAAGGAAAUCUGUCUUUCAUUCUAAGUCAUUCUUCCUCACUAGUCAGGCUAUCUCUUAAUUACUGCAAUUUAGGAGGAGUACUCCCCCACUCUCUUGGAAACUUUUCAAAACUUGAGAACUUGGGUCUGGCCUAUACCAAUUUGAAGGGCAGUAUACCAUCUUCUUUUAGCAGCUUUUCGUCCCUUAAAUAUAUGUAUCUCAAUCACAACCAGUUAAGUGGUCAUAUUCCUUCCUCUCUGUGUCAGCUUCCAAAAUUAGUUUACCUCAGUCUGGGCUAUAACCAGCUAUCAGGAACAAUUCCAGAUUCCAUAUCAAAUCUGGCCAGUCUAGAUGUAUUGUCACUUGUUUCCAACCGAUUAAGCGGCAACUUUUCACUUCUGCUUCUGGAGAAUCUAACCCACCUUAUACACUUGGACCUUUCUGGAAAUCAACUUCUCAUUAACAUCUCUACAAGCUGGGUUCCUCGGUUUUCCAACCUACAGUACAUUGGAUUGAGCUCUUGUAAUAUAGAAGGCGACUUACCUGCAUUUUUGUCCCAGCAGUAUCAGUUGGUUGGGCUAGAACUUUCAGAUAACAAUAUUGUGGGAAAUAUUCCUUCGUGGCUGUGGGGUCUUCCUAGUCUUCAAUUCCUCAAUCUUUCAAAAAAUCAACUGGAAGGUUCUCUGCCCCCAAAGAUAUCCUAUAGUUUUAAGGUGGUGGACUUGCAUGGGAAUAGAUUAUAUGGCUUUCUUCCUGCUCUUGAUUUUGUUACAGAAGCAUUAGAUCUAUCAGAUAAUGAGUUUAAUGGCUCUAUUCCUGCAACAAUUGGUACAGUAUCCGCUCUAUCAUUGUCAGGGAAUAAUCUGGUAGGACAAAUUCCAAGUUCUAUAUGUUAUGACUAUUAUCACUAUUAUGUUUUGGACUUGUCAAAGAACAAGUUGAUUGGUAUGAUCCCUGAAAACAUUGGGAGGUGUUCUGGAUUAUCAGUUUUAAAAUUGGCUCAAAAUGUUUUGCAAGGGAAGAUUCCCGAGGAGCUUGGGAAUUUGACAGCUCUUCGCACAUUGAAUCUCAAUGGCAACAAGUUGCAAGGUAUUAUUCCUUCAUCUAUUGCAAAUUGCACAAAUCUUCAAGUACUUGAUUUGGGAAAUAAUAAAUUUGAAGGUAGCAUUCCUUCUUGGAUUGAAAAGUUGACUGACUUAAGAAUUCUCAGCUUAGCUUCCAAUCAGUUUAUUCAUAGAAUUCCACCCCAAUUGUUUAGGAUGAAAAAUCUUCAAAUUCUAGAUUUACCUGGUAACCAAUUAUCAGGAAGUAUUCCUUCAGAUGUUAGCGAGUUAUAUGCUAUGCUCAAUAGUUCACAAAGUUUUGAGGUGCAACAUUUUCAGACUGGUUAUGGUGGUUAUUUUUAUGACACACAAUUUGGAUUUAAAUUUGCUGAUGAAGUAACGGUGUGGAUAAAAGGAAGGGCAACUCCAUACCAAAAGAUAAUUGGAGCAGACAAGUUCAUAGAUUUGUCUCAUAAUAAGCUGUCAAGUAAUAUUCCUCUAGAAUUGGGGUUCCUUAAAGGUUUGAUUUCUCUAAACAUAUCAAAAAAUAAUCUUAGUGGCUCAAUCCCAGAAUCUUUGGGAGCAAUGGCUUACUUGGAAUCUCUGGAUCUUUCAGAAAAUAAGUUGUCAGGAAAUAUUCCUUCCCAACUCUUAAAUCUCACAUUCCUUGCUGUAUUGGAUCUUUCCAAUAAUAUGCUUUCUGGGCUAAUACCACAAGGGAAGCAGUUUUCAACCUUUGAUGCUUCUUCUUUUCUAGGAAAUCCCAAUCUUCAUGGACCUCCACUUGAAAAUAGAACAUGGAGAAAUGGAUUGAUGGGUAGCACAGAUAAUCAUACAGGUAUUGAAGAUGGAGAUGCACAUGGAAAUGUUGUAAUGGAUCGGUGGUGGGCAGUGGGAGUGGGGUUAAGUUUUGGAGUGGGAUUUGCUACUGUGAUUGCAGUGUUGUGCUUCCACAUAAAAUGGAGAUACAUAUGCUUUGCUAAGAUGGAUUAUUUAAUCUAUUAUCUUUUGGAAUGGUAA